ACCUAUUCUCUUUUCAUUUUCAUUUUAUAUAACUCUCUAUGUACAAACCAAUUCUGGGAUUGAUCUGCCUUGCCCUUGCUGGAACUGUUCAGGCAAUUGAAUCUCGAUAUGGACAAGGGUGUGCUUACAUUAAACACAGCAGAGAGAUAUAUUGCUUUGGUGGAGAGCCAUUCUCUAGUGCUUCCAAUGAUAUGCCAGUAUUUAGUCUAGACAUCACAGACAAAGGCACGAUGGAUCUAAAGACUUUAGAGUGGAAAACUAUUCCAAAGGCUUCAGGCGAUGUGGCUCCGCAAGCUGCAUCCAAGUUCAUGUUUUCUCCCACAGGAGACGAUGACUCAAUUUACAUAGAAGGUGGAAAGGUCUGCCCUGGAUGCCCUCCCAACUAUGGCUACACUUACUCAACAUCAAAAAAAUUGUGGAAGCAAAUGAAUAACUAUAAACCCAUAGUUACAACUCCAGCAGUGUAUGCCAAUGGUGCAAUCUGGUCCUUUGGUGGUGUAACAGACUCGCAAAUAGGCUUACCUCAAAAGAUUACUACUCUAUACAAUAUAGCAGUAAAAAUUAACACCACGACAUGGAACCAGGGCUAUUACACUUCCGAAACCAGCACUUAUCCUCAAGCCACAUGGGACUCAUCUAUGGUCUACUCUCCAUUAGAUAAUUUACUUAUAGUUAUUGGAGGUUACGAAUAUUUGGAAAAGUCUGUGCUUGUAAAGAUGGACGAUAUCAUUGCAAUUGAUAUAGGGGAGAAAAAGUACAGCAAACUGACCGGUACCACUUCGCUCAGUGGAUCACUACCAGAAUCUAGACACGGCCACACUGCAAUCAUGGACCCCACAAAUAAAUUUGUUGUUAUGUUUGGUGGCUGUGAUAGUAAUAUGGUUGGAAUGAAUGAUAUAUGGCUGUACAAUAUUGAGUCCAGAACUUGGGAGAAGAAGAAUACAUACGGUACCCCACCAAGCAAAAGAUGCCGCCAUUCUGUUGUGGUAGUUGAGAAUUACAUGAUCGUGUUAUUUGGAGAAUACUUGGGAUAUGCCACUGACGAUAUUGCCAUGGCUCUGGACCUAAACACCUGGACAUGGACAUCCCAGCCUGUAUUUGGAUCCCAAACCAACAAGGUUGAAAAACGCGGGGUUGAAGAAGCCACAACCACAGUCGAGUCUUCCGGUCUUUCAACAAAGGCUACUACUGGUGUCAUUGUCAGUGUCAUAUUUGUGGUUCUUGUUAUUAUUGGGUUUAUGGUAUUCUGUUUCAUGAGAAAGCGAAACGAUAGCCGUAGACGCCUGCAGUUCGCCCAGAUGGCCGAUCAGAAUACAUAUGUAGCCUUGGAAAAAUAA